CCCGGUCCCGGUGUUUCCAUAGGCGACGUUGUCUCUGGAUUUUCUUCCGGUUUUCCCAACCGGCUCGCUUUUUCCUCUAAUUUCCAUCACGCGCUUCGUUAUAAGUUAUAACUGGCACCGCCUUCUCGAUUUCGCAAAUCUUCGUUUUUUCGUCUUUGAUCUGGCAUCGUAUCAGACUUCAAUACCAUUCGCAAUCUUUCCGGGGACGGAAUUUCUUUCAUCCAGAUCUAGGGACUCGCUCUGUUCUUGAAAUUGGACGUUAUUUAUGAGAGUAAUAUUGAUUCCGCGGCUCUAGGUUUCAGAUCUCGCAUUUUGGAGGUGAAUUUCCUUGCGCUUAGCCUGAUUUCCUGUUCCUGACAGUUUGAUGAGAAAAUGUGUAGGGAAAAGAUUUUGAAGAUUUAGGCGGAUGGUAUCACCUAGAAAAUUGAUGGAAUUUGAGUAAACGAAAGAUUCGGAUCAGCCCGGCCCAGUAGUUUGUUUUUUGAAGCUCAAUUGGGUUUAUCCAUUUUUUUAGAGUUCAAAUAUAUUUUAUGAUUUAUCUGUAUCUGAAGGUCACUGAGGUUCCAAUCCAAAGAUCUGAGUGGAUCUCUGUGAUUUCAGGUGGUUAUGUUAUUGUGGGAAUUGCAUUUAAGGUGACUUGGGAAAAUGCAUGUCAAAUCUGCACAAUCGUUCCGGGAUCGGACACAGGAGUUCCAGAGUAUAGCUGAGCAGCUUAAGAAGUCUUUUUCAUCAGGGUCAGUGCCAGAUGGGCCGAGUAGUAGCUCAAAGUCAGAGGAACAACGCUCUGCGGUUGCGAUUCAGUCUGAGUUUAACAGGAGGGCUUCCAAGAUCGGGUAUGGGAUACACCAGACAUCGCAGAAGCUGGCAAAGCUAGCUAAGUUGGCGAAGAGGACUUCAGUUUUUGAUGACCCCACCAAGGAAAUCCAGGAACUGACGGUGCUUAUCAAACAAGAUAUUACUGCACUAAACUCUGCAGUGGUAGACCUUCAGCUUCACUGCAACUCUAGAAACGGGAGUGGGAAUAUCUCUAGUGAUACCAAUAGUCACUCAGCCACAGUUGUAGAUGACCUGAAAAAUCAGUUGAUGAGCACCACGAAAGAGUUCAAAGAUGUUCUCACCUUGAGAACAGAGAACUUGAAGGUUCACGAGAACAGAAGACAGUUGUUUUCUUCUACGGCUUCUAAGGACUCUACAAAUCCUUUUGUGCGUCAGCGUCCACUGGCUGCCCGGUCAGCUGCUAGUACCUCAAAUGCCCCUCCUCUGCCUUGGGCCAAUGGGACACCAUCCUCAUCUCAAUCGCUUCCUAGGAAGCAGAUGGAUGGAGAGAGUCAGCCAUUACUACAGCAUCAACAGCAACAACAGCAGCUUGUUCCAUUGCAAGACACUUACAUGCAGAGCAGAGCUGAAGCUCUUCAAAAUGUAGAGUCCACUAUUCAUGAGCUCAGCAGCAUCUUCAACCAGCUGGCUACCCUGGUUUCUCAGCAAGGAGAGAUUGCCAUCAGGAUUGAUGAGAACAUGGAUGACACUUUGGCAAAUGUGGAGGGGGCACAAGGGGCCCUGCUCAAGUAUUUGAACAGCAUAUCAUCGAAUAGGUGGCUGAUGAUCAAGAUAUUCUUUGUACUGAUCUUUUUCCUCAUGAUUUUUCUAUUUUUUGUGGCAUAGUCACUGCAGAGACAGACAAAAUUGAAAAGAAUGGAGGAAAUGUUGUGUGUUUUCACUGUGAUUAGCCAUAUAAUAUUCUUUUUCCUAUCCCA